UCAGCAAUUGAAAAGGAGGGAACCGUGCAGAUUAUUCUGGUUCAGCUCCACUUUGCUGCUUCAAGUUUUUCCCGCCACGGCCGCCAUGGAAAUCGAUCCGGCGAGCACCCUUCAGCGGAAGCAGUCCGCCUACCACUCCCUGGAUGAAACGUUCGAGAUACAGAAGGAGGUGUACAGGGGUCAACAGUACAGUCAGAUUUACUUCGCUCGUCUCCACAUGUUGCGUACUCUCCUCUACUCUCUCGUUCCCAGUUGGAAACCCCAUGUCCCCGUUUGCACUGUACUGGGGUUAGAAGGUGGCAAGGAAUGCAUUAUUGUUGGUACUUUAUACAAGCACAUGAAGCUUAAACCUACUAUACUUGAUGAAUACUCCAAAGAGAGGUCUGCUGCUCCACUUGUGAAGCGCCACAACUUCAUGCACCCUGAUGAUCAUCUUGUGUUAGAAGAUGAGAGUGGCAGAGUAAAGCUUGGUGGGAGUUUGCUUUCACCUACUUCAUAUGUGACAGGUGUUGUUGUUGCUUUGCAUGGGAAGGAAACUGAUGCUGGUGACUUCCUAGUCCAAGAUGUCCUUGAAGCAGGCCUACCAUCUCAGUUGGAGUUUCCUCUUAAGUCGAGAGAAGACAAAUAUGUCGUUCUUGUGUCUGGGCUUAGCAUCGGGAGCAGCACUUGUAACCCCCUCCAGUUUCAGCUUCUUGUUGAUCAUAUAACUGGGCAUCUUGGGGAUGAACAGGAGCAAGGUAUUGCAGCGGAAAUUGUUCAUGUUGUAAUUGCUGGAAAUUCAGUUGAAAUCCCACAUGGAAUUCUUAACAGACAGAAUUUGGCUUCUAAGGACCUAUCAAGAUUGUCUGAACCAAUUAAAGAGCUUGACAUAUUGCUAACGCAGAUAGCUGCAGGGUUGCCUUUGGAUAUCAUGCCAGGGCCAAAUGACCCUGCAAACUUUGCCUUGCCUCAGCAGCCUCUCAACAGAUGCCUUUUCCCCGGUUCAUCAGCAUACAACACUUUUAGAUCUUGUACAAAUCCUCAUUGUUUUGAGCUUGACAAUAUAAGGUUUCUUGGAACAUCAGGUCAAAACAUCGAGGAUCUAGAGAAGUACUCUGAAGCAAAAAAUAAGCUUGAAUUUGUGGAAAGAACAUUGAGAUGGAGACAUCUUGCACCAACAACACCUAAUACUCUGGGCUGCUAUCCUUUCACCGAUAGGGAUCCUUUCCUAAUUGAGAGUUGCCCUCAUGUUUAUUUUGUUGGGAAUCAGGAUGAAUAUGAGACACAGUUGGUAGAAGGAUCAGAAGGGCAGUUGGUGAGACUCAUUUGCAUUCCUAAAUUUUGUGAGACAGGAACUGCAGUUGUGCUAAACUUGAGAAACCUCGAGUGCCACACACUCACUUUUGGGACUUCAGUCUAGUUUCGGAAGAUGUUUCGUUAAACUGCGAUGGAGGAUCGAUAUGACAAACAGCUUCUACCUGCUUUGCUGCGCCUAUUCCGCCACAGAGAAGUGAGACUUUCCAGAUGGUCCUUCAUUUUGUU